AUGCCGUUCAUCGACAAGUUCCUCAACCUGUUCCGCUACACGAACCCAUCGGUCGACUAUCGUCGCAGCAGCGCUUUUCAGCACAUUGUGUGCGAUGUCGACCCGCGCCAGUCUUGGGAACUGAUCGAAGAGAUCGGCGAUGGCGCCUUUGGAAAGGUACAGAAGGCUCGUCACCGGACAACCGGUGUGCUGUCGGCUGCCAAAGCGAUCGAGUUGAAACAAGACGAUGAACUGAGCGAUUUUCUGGUCGAAAUUGAAAUCCUGACCGAAUGCCACCAUAAAAACGUGGUCGGUUUACACGAGGCGUAUUUCUUCGAGCGCAACCUUUGGAUGAUGCUUGAGUACUGCGGAGCGGGAGCUGUUGACAGCAUCAUGGUAGAGUUGGAAAAACCACUGACAGAGCCGCAGAUCGGUUAUAUCUGUCAUGAAGUAUGCCAAGCGCUGUGCUUCCUGCACAAGAUGCACGUGAUUCACCGUGAUCUUAAAGCGGGUAAUAUAUUGUUGACGGACGAUGGGGAUGUAAAAUUAGCCGACUUCGGUGUUUCUGCGAAAAACAACGAUAGUUUACAGAAGCGGGAUUCUUUCAUUGGCACUCCAUACUGGAUGGCACCCGAAGUGAUGUUCUGUGAAACCUUCAAGGAUAAACCGUAUGAUCAAAAAGCGGAUAUAUGGUCUCUCGGGAUAACGCUAAUAGAGCUUGCUGAAAUGGAACCACCGUACCAUGAAAUUGGACCGAUGCGGGUGCUAAUUAAAAUCCAAAAAUCGGAUCCUCCUAAAUUGGCUGUACCGAAAAAAUGGUCGUUUGCAUUUCACGACUUCCUUCAAAAGUGCCUUGUCAAGAAUCCGAGUGACAGAAGCGCCGCUGUGGAUCUUUUGAACGUUCGUACGGCGUUGUUCAUCUUUGCACUGCAACCUAAAUCGAUCUUUUUGCAGCUCAUCAGCGAACUGGAGGCCGAAGUGAUCGAAGAGCAAGUGGAGGAGUUCGAAGAAGACCGUCGAAGUCGUGACAGCUUGGACUCUGAGGCGAACUCGGAACUCACCACCAGUUCUGAAACUCCUAAUUUGUCCCAUGACAGUAGCAGAAUUGUCAGGCAGUUACUUUACCAAACAAGUACGAAUGGCGAGGACAUCACUGAAUCCACACUCGAUUUGACGGCCGAGUCGACAGAGCAUUUGAACAAAGAAGAAGUCGAAAGUAGUCCGGUGGUUAGCGUGGAAGUUGACAAAGAGACAACUUCGACAUCGGCGACGAUGACACUGGAAAGUGAGGCGGUGGAUACCGUAAUUACCGGCGCCAGCGAGGAAGCGACAGACAAAACAAAUCGAAUGUCUCCUGUCUCUCACCACAGCGGCGACAGCACUCAGAGUUCAGCUGACCGAAUUCUGGACGAUCUGUACGAUGCCCUUAAGAAGGAGGACAGCAGUUCUUCAGUUGCAUCGCGUUUUAUUGGCCAAGAGCCUGCAGAAAAGCCGCCUGCACCUGAAGUUUGCCCGGUCGAAAAUGUGUCGGUUACGGUGGAAGAAAGGUUUCACACGGUAGAUGAAGCCGAUGAAAAAGCAUCUUCAGGGACAGCCUUUCUCAGGUUUACCGUUCCUUUCACUGAUGAGGUUACUGCUGCUGCUGAUGUUCCAGACGCCAAUGUAUGCACGUUCGAAAAUGGAGCAGCAAAACGUGAUGAAGAAAAUGCAGUCAUCCUUCGAAAGAUAUCAUCUGGGGAAAAUGAAUGCAUGGCAAAAGACACUAAAAUCGCGAUAAUUCAGCAACACAGGAAGACAUUGAACGAGAUCAAGUCGGUUUUCGAGAAUCAGUCAGGCGCCACCGAUGGCAGCUUGACAUCAGAGAAGCCUGCUGAAGAAGUUGAUAAGGCACACAAGCGUCGCAGUGUCGCGAACCUUUCGUCAUACCAGAUGUUUACAGCGGCGCUGAACGCGUCGCUCGAGCAACGGCUAAAGGCGAGGGACAACCUGAAGACUAAUUCUCUGCCAGAGGAACAUCGCAGCCGCACACAGAAACCAAUAUUUUCCAGCCUCACUGGCCUGCCGAAGGACGUCGUCUGUGAGUGUCCCCACUCAGGUCCACAGACCACCGCCGUCCCCGGCUCAUCGAACAUUCCAGUCGCUCCCCCUCUGUCGUUCUUUGAACCGCCGCGGGUAAUGGCUGUCAUAAAGCAAAGCACAUCUGAGCAGGCGCUCUCGUCGUCGGGCUUGAAGACUGUUGUUGGCGACUACUGUAGACCAGUGACGCACUCAACCAGCAGUCUCAGGUCGCAGACUCUUUCCGCUUCUUGUCCUUCAAAACCACCGCUGAGUGGCGAACAAGAUCUGCCCGCGCUGCCGCUUUCAUCCGUCUGUCAAAUUCCUACCUCGGUCAUUCACCAUAUUGUGGCUCCUCCAGAACCACCAAUCGAUUACGUGAUGUCGACUGUAAAGCAGCUGUCCAUCAAUGACGCGUUAGAAAAGAGAAUCAUAGAUGUGGCACCCGCUACUCCUGCAGACGAGGGAGAGAAAAUGAAGUCGACCUCACUGAUGAUUUACGAUGAAAGUGUCGAAAAUGACGACGAAGAGCGAAGACCGGUUAUAAUGAACGCUAGUAUUGAAGAGAUCGACAGAACAGGUCCCGUGGUGUCAGAUACCGCUGUUGUUUUGCGGAAGCCUACGGAGGAGCGCCAGAAGAAACUUAGCCCUCUUGUACGAAAGAAUCAACACAGAAGAACAGUAACAAAGAAAACUCGCGUUUACAUGGUAGAAGGUGUGCAGAUGACGUCGACCACGUAUCACGUUAUGGUCGAUGCCGAUUCGCAUUUGUAUAAAGCGAAGGAAGACUUUAAAAUCAAGAAAGCGGAACUUCAAGAGCUGAAACGAAUGCAACGGGAAGAAAAUCGUCAGUGGCAGCGGUUGUUGGUUAAGAUUCAGCUUCAACUCGAUCAGCAAGCGAAGAUGUUUGAGCAGAAUUUGAAGGAGGUGCAACGACACUUUGACAUUGAAUUGGAGAACAUCACAAGAUCACAGAAAAAGCAAAUUGAAGAGAUCGAACGUCAGCAGGAGGACGAAAGCAAAAGUAUGCUGAAGAAGCUGAUCACGACUCAGGAAAAGAACAUUCGCAUGUUCCGCGACGUGAUCAAAACCGAACAAAAGUUGCUCAAGCAAGAAUCAGACAGACGACCUAGUGCCACGCGAAAAAUCUAUUACCGCGAACGUAAAGAAUAUCUGGACGCGCAGCAGAUGGAAAAGGUGAGCUUGCUUUCGAGCAUCGUGUUGGAUCAACUGAUCGGAAGACUUUUUGAGCAGCAAUUACAAGAAGAAAAAGCAACCGCAAUUCAGAAAAUGGAGUGCCAGCACCGCCAACGGAUCGCUAUGUUGGAACGUCAGUUUCUUGACCAGAAGCACGCUAUGAUAAGAGCACGAGAAUCAGCAAUUUGGGACGUCGAAGAGCGGCAUCUUCAAGACAGACAUCAGCUGGAUAAAAAGCUGAGGAAGGACAAGUUUGCGUUACGGCGAAGUCAAAUGAUGGCCAGGCACGACAAGGAGCUGGACCACGUCAAGCGAUUCGCCCAGAGGCGAACUGAAGAACUGUUGCGAAUUAUCACCGCCGAAAAAAAGCGCUUGCCGAAAAACCUACGAUCAGAGGCAAAGACUCGAACUCUGAUCUUCAGGGAAUCGCAGAAAAUUCACAUGGUCGAUUCCAUUGAACUGGCCAAACGGAUCCGAGAAUUCGAGGAUAAGGAAAGCAAACGGGUCAAACAGGAGUUGAAGAAGCAAGAGCUGAAGCACCAAAAGCGCUUCGAACAUCUGCAGGCAAAGAACGAGGUUAUGAUUAAGGAAGUAGAGCAGUCGCAGCACGAAAAGCGAAAAAUGUUACUUGAAGACGAGAACGCUCAACUGAAGCAGUGCGACGACGACUUCAAUGCGGACAUGAAAACCUGGAAAAACAACUUGAAACCAAGGAAACAAGAGCUUGAGGCCCGUUUACGCGAUGAGAUCGACCGCCAGGAACGAUUCUACCAAUCGCCGAUGGAGGUGCAGGGCAACAGUCUCUGUCACAUUGGUGGUAUGCUGUGCAACGGAGCGUCAGCUGGGCCAUUGUAG